UACACAUAUGUACACCAUAUACAUAAUUAGUGUGUGUCCAUGUAUAACUAUAAUAAGGCUAUAUUGGAGAGAUUUGGUCACAAGAAUAUUUUGCAGUAGAUAACACUCAUAACAAACACUGACGAGAGAUUUCCAAUCAUGCAAAAUUUACUACUGAAGGCAUUAAUUUGCCUUCUACUCCUUUUGUCUAAUGACAGUGCAACUAAUGAAUAUGAUCAGAAUUUACGACUUGACGCAUACGCAGAUUCAUACUGUCAAGUUGUGAAUGAUAAAUUUCUUUUGACUGAACUUCAGACAAACGUAGAUCUCCAGAAUGCAGAAGAAACAAUUAAAAGUGAUAUCCUGAGACUUGAGCACUUAUAUCAAAGUAAAUGGGCGAAGGAAUUUCUCAAAUUUAUUCGUGCAGAAGAUAAGAAGCUUGUGUAUCAUUAUAACGAUGAAUACAGGAAGGCAUUAGAAGAAGAUGAUGUUUUUAAGUACAAAGUUCUUGCUAAUAAGCGAUUAUACAAUCGGAUGAAGAGGCAUAUUGCGAAGAAAUGGGAAAAUCGAAAAAAUCUCGAUAUUGCAGAAGCUCAAUUUUGGACGGAGCCAUCAGAAAAUUUAAGAAAAUACAAAAUCCCUAUUGCAAUAAAAAAGAAGGAUUUCAAAGAAGCAAAGAAAGCAGUGAAUACAACCAAAGCUAACCUUAAAGUGCUGGAAACGAUGGUAGUCAUCGCAACUCACCGAUACAGAGGAACUCAAACUUAUUUGCGAGGUGUGGGGAAGGGAAUAUCCACAUAUGACUCAUUGAACGAUAAUGAAAUUACGGAAGCGUACUGGAAGGCUCGCACUGAUUUUGACAUCGCCAUAGACGAAUUAAAAGACAGAAUAAAACUAUUGGAAAUGACGAGGUUUGAAUUUUUAAAGUACCAAACCUUAGAAGAUGGAAUAAAAUGGCUUCUGGCUGAAAUGAAGGAAGAUGCCAAUCAGUUCUAAUGAACUGCAGGAGAGUGAAUUCGAUUCCAAGGGAAUUCAAACAGGAUUGGUGAAGGGAACACAUUAUUUGAAUAUCUCUUUUUAGUUUUAUUAAAUAUAACAUUUUCCUUCAUAA